CAUUGAAAUUUAAUUGUAAUGGACCUACGAAAUCACAGGUGAACAAUAAGUCAGCUUGUACGAUUGUUUACAUUCUGUGAGAUCAACAAGAUGAUGAGUCCUAUCGAGAAACAAGGCUAUCUUGGGGACAUCUCAACAAAGUCAACAGCAGAGUUAAUGGAGUUGCUUUCACGCCAAGAGAAAAUACUGAAGAAAACGAAAUUUGUAGAGUCUUUACCAGAUAAAGGAGCGAAAGUAAGAGCAUUUUAUGAAAAGCUACAGCAGCUGAUAUCAGAGAGAACACAAAUUGUAGACAGUAGUGAUGUCUCUAAAUCUCCAGCCACUAGACAAAUCGCACAGCUCCACUCAACAUUUGCUCCAGCUAGUCUACUCGGGGAUAAACAAGGACACACUCUGAGUGAAAGUUCGGUAGAACUACAACCAAAUGUGACAGCUGAUGCUGUAAAAAACAAUUCCAGUACCGAAGAUGAUAUAAGGUUACAAGACAAUCAAGUAUUGGCCAUCUCAUCAACUACUACCAUAACACCAUCUCAAGGUGAAGACAGUUCCAAAGUGGACAUGGAAAGUGCUGAAAAUGAAAAUAAAACAAUAGUUAAUAGUUCUGAUCUGGAGGAGUCACUGAAGAAACUGCAGAUUUCUGGAGAAGUAUCGGUAACAGAAAGGAUUCAGAAAGAAAAAACUACACACGCCUGCAGCAAGGCGCUUCAGAAUGCUGAUGAAAUCCACAUUCCUCACAAACCAAACAACUUUCUGAAGAAAUCAAAAGUUUCAGACUUGCCAAGAGAGUAUAAGUUUAAAUCACGAGAUGAGGAUCAUGUUCUUCCUGUCUGUGCUGUCACUAGAGCUGUGGAGGAGUCUGCAGCCACACCCCCUAUCUACAAACACAAGGAGAGCAAGCUCAUAUCGCUCGAUGAGUCACUUUAUUUGCAGAAGACACAGAAAGUUAAACAAGAGGAGCUACAAGCCAGGAAUGCUGCAGAGAAGUUGUCCCAAAGAUUAGGUAUUACAAUGGAACGGUACAACCCUGAAGGAGUGGACAUGUCGUAUCCUUGUUUUAUUUCUAUCCAUGGUGAUGUAUAA